CCUCCCAUUUUCCGAGCUCCAAUAAGCUUGUUUGUUCGGCAUCAGAGCAGUCUUCGCGGUUCCAAAGUUGCAAGCGAUAAAAUCCAGUGAAAUUCUACAUCACUCCCUCACGAUUUAUAUACUAAAAUUAUCGCUUGCGUAGUCUCUUUUGGAUUAUGAGUUAUCAUUUUGAGUAAUCUAGUGAAAUAAUAUUUUAGUGUUGCCAUUUGACUCUUAAUUAAUAAUGAUUAAAACAAUGCGGAGAACGUAAGCUAUUCCGAAUACUGUCUCUCGUAUCGUCUGACGAAAACGUGCGAUUGCUUCGUGUUGUCCAAGGUAGGAAACGAUCGCUGGUUUGUUUAUGUGAAAACUAUUUAUGGAUAUAGAUUGUGCAUGACAAGUUUCCGGUGAAGUGUUUUUUGUGGGAUAUUUAAGUGUGAUUUUUCAUUUAUUGGAUUACCUGAGUAAUUUGUAUCCAGAAAUAAAGUGUGACGAUAUUUGGAUAAAUACUACGGAAUUGUGCUAUCACAAUGAAUGUUUAAAUGGACGUAAAUUUCUGGUAAAAGAAUUAAGAAUGCUUGCCCCUAACUCGAAAUAUCUUAUGAUGAUUGAAUUUCUGUGACUGAAAUGGGACUGAUGCAAACUUUCCUGCUAACUUAUGGAGUAUUGCUUCUGUUACACUCUGUGCGUUCUUGUCCCAUUCUCGGUCCCAGUGCAUUUGGAAAUGUAACUCAUGAUCAAGAUUUAGAAGUUGGGUCGCUUUUGAAACUUCAAUGUUCUCUUUUUCCCGAACAAGCUGAAAAGAACAAAAUUUCUGUCAAAAAUCUCUCUUUAAAAUUAGAAGGCAAACCGAUCAGGAACAUAAACAUCAUUGAUGACUUGACUCUUGAGUAUGUUGUACCAUCAGCCACUGUUAAUGAUACUGGUGUUUACAACUGUUUUGUGGACAUUCCAGAUGUCUAUAACACAGAGCAAUUAGUGUGCAAUACUUAUGUUGCAGUGGGUUUCAAGCCUUUACCAGUUGAAACCUUUUCAUGUAUAAGUGAAGAAUACACUAAUCUAACAUGUACCUGGAAAGCACCUUUUAACCCCAUCCAUACCAAAUACAAGCUCUAUGAUUACUAUUUCCAGCCUUUUCCAGAUUUGUUGUAUUUCGAAUGGAAAGAACCUUUCAUCCCUAUCCAUACCCAAAACAAGCUAGAGGAUUACUAUUUGAAGCUUUCCAUUAACCGAACAUGUCCGGAAAUGCUGAAUUCCACCAGCUGUCAAUAUCGUAUGGACACAAAACCUGUAUACGUAAAACAACAAAGUAAAAUACACUUUAUUCUGGAAGGAAACAAUUCCUUGGGUAUAAAUAAACAGUUCAUCAAUAUUGAUCAUUACAAAAUUGUUAAACCUGGCAAACCGAAAUUUAUCAUAUGUACUAAUGUCACGCAAAACAGUUUAUCCAUGCAAUGGAAUGCUCCAAAGGGACUAGAUUAUGGCGAAGCUCCAGCUGGCUUAAUAUAUCACAUAAGAUAUUACUCUGUAUCAACAAAUCUUCCUGGCUCAAAGGAAAUAGAACUGUACGCUGAGAAAAAUCUUAACAUUUCUAUUGUUGAUUUGGUACCUCAUACUCUCUAUGAGUUUGAAGUAAAAGUUCGCCUAAAUAUAUCAGGUGAUGAAUAUUAUUGGAGUGAACCUUCGAAACAUACAGAAAAAACUAAGUCUGAUGUUCCGUACCUGGCGCCUGAAACCACAGGAUCUGCUUUUGAUAUGCAAAUCAUUGCUGGCAACCGAUCUAUAACAUUGUAUUGGAAGUCUAUCCCAUCUGAAUUAGAGCAUGGGGAAGGAUUCCACUAUGCAGUUCGGUAUCACGAAUAUCACGUUGUCCAUCGUCGAUACAAGCGUGAAGUGGUCAAGAAGCCAAACUAUUGGGUUACAGUUGCAAAUGCAACUAGUUUCACAUUUGAGCAUCUGGAUAUUGAUUCAGCUUACAUAUUUAAUAUAUUGAGUGCUAAUAAAAUAGGAAAUUCCUCCAAUGACACUACUAGAAUUGUUGUGGACAAAAUUGAAAAAAUGAUACAAGGACCAAAGGACAUAAUGGUUAUAUCGUAUGGGAAAGGAAAUUACUCAUUAACCUGGAAAAAUCUCGCCUUGGAUGUCUCACAUUUUACCCUGUUUUGGUGUCAGACACUGAAAUCGAGACCAGCAAAGUGUGAUGGACCGAUCGAGUGGCUUCACACAGCGGAAACCAGUCAUGAGUUGUUGCUUCCAGAUCAUCAUACGAAUUAUCAGUUUGCUGUCAGUGCAAAUCGAAAUGAUCAGACUUCUGGAAUGGUUUGGGCCCCAUGCAUUGCUUCAUACGCUGGUGUUCGAUAUUCGGUCAGCGAAAUGAAAUUAACAAUUAAAAAUGCUACUAGUCUUAGAGCUCAAUGGGCCUUAUCUUGUAAAGCUCAAGAAAAAGUUAUUAAAAAAUAUUUAAUUUCCUAUUGUUCCUAUCCUGGAAAAUGUGUGGACUCUGAUUGGAAAUGUGAGACUGGUUGGUCAAAUGUGACAGUCUCUGAUUCUUCGAGAACUGAAUAUAUUCUGAGCUCUUUGAAGCCAUAUACUUGUUAUGUGGCUUUCAUUAGAGUUCUGACGAACAGUGGUUGGAGCGAAAACAGUGAUUAUGCUUAUGAAUCUACAAUGACAUCUGCUCCAAGCGAUUCUCCGAGGAAUGUCAUUGCGUCUGUUGUUCCCGUUGAUCAUUAUUCCGCUGAAAUAGAGGUGAUAUUUGAUCCUCCGACAACACCUAAUGGAGUGAUUACCAAGUACGAAAUAUACUACAACGAGUCUUCAUCUGAAGAUUCAACUCUACGGAAGGAAGUAAAACCGGAUGAAAGCAGGGUCAGAAUUAAGAAUUCUGUCCACUACUAUACAAACUAUUCCAUUCAAGUGUCAGCUUGUGUCCAACAGGCUUGCUCCAAGUUAUCCACUCCUGUUUAUGUUUUCACUGGAAUUUCAAAUCCUAGUCCUGUGAAUAAACCAAGAGUGGAGCAAAUUGAUUCUACUUCGAACAUCACUUGGGACCCUCCAAACCCUCCAAAUGGACCCAUAAAUUUCUAUGAAGUAGAACUAUACAGCAAUGACACUGGCAAAAGCAUGCAUUAUGUCGUCAACUCUUCCAGCUCUUUGUCCUUGAAGAGAGAGUGCAACGUUGUUGAGCCAGAUGAAACUGUUUAUGAAUUGAGUGUCCGAGCCGUGAAUUUGGGAGAUUUAGGAUCUCAUCUAUAUGGUGAAUAUAGUCAUCCUACAAAAAUGACCUUCUGCAGUCCAGGAAAAUCCGUUCUUCCUCUUGUGGGAUUCAUACUUGGAGGUGCUUUUGCCUUUGUGAUUGUUGUUAUCGUUCUGUCAGUUUUUGUUAACAGGUGUCGCAAAGAAGUGAUAUCGAGGAAAAAUAUAAACAUCAAACUUCCUUUGGAAUUGGAAACUCCAUUUGGUAAUUCUUUGAACUCUUUCAAACUUAAAAAUGGCCUUCAAAAGACUGCACCUGAUUCUUCCAUACCAUGUGAUCGAGCCUACGAGCGACUCUGCACCUUCGCUCAGGAAGGGAGUCAAUGUGAUCCUGAUGGAUGGGGAGAAAAUGAUGUUCACUCUCAUAGAAACAACAGUGGGGAAAGCAACAAAUCUGGAGUUUCUUCUGCAGACACUACUCGAACUGUAGUUUCGAUGGAUUCGAGCGUCGAACAGGAAUGUGACACAGUCAAUUCGGGUUCUUCCAUCCCAUCCCACUCAGGUGGGACAAAUGCAGAGGACCUGGAACAGCUAUCAGGUCCAUUUACGUCACAAUUUGUUAAUAAUACCAACAUGACCUUUUCAAGAUGCUUCGUACGACCGAGAAUGCCUGCCAAAGGGGAGGAAUUGGGAAUAAUGCCACCUUAUUGCAAGUUUAGUGAAAUUCCUUCUGCAAUACAGGAAAAUCAAUUUUCUGAGAACCCAUAUCAGUCUCGUUUCUCCGCAGAGAGCUUUCUCCAAAGCUUAUACAAAAUAAAUAGUGAGCCUUCUCUUUACGGUUAUGGAGAUGAGGAUCUAGAAGUAGUUAGCACCCCUAACGCACCACCCUAUUCUAAAUUUGGUUUGGCUCGGAGCAACACCCAUUUAUGCGAAAUGAAUAGACCUAAUGUUGGCUACUCUAAGUUUGGCACCAUGUAUAGCCCCAACGGCAUUCAAAAUAAUGCCCAAAUAUUCACUGUUUUCAUGCCACCUAAUGGUCCAUUACCUGUGUUGCCAUUAUCAGGUCGUGAUAAGUGUCCCCUGCCCAAAAAUGUUGCUACAAAUCAAAACUCAUUUAAAAGUACCAAUGGCGCAUACUCUAAAUUUGGUGUUGGCAGACCAGCCUGGGAAACAGGCAAAAACUAUGUUCCUGUUAAGAGUGUGCUACCCGCGAAUGCAGAUGUCAAAUCGACAGACAAUUCUUCGCCUAAAUACACUGCAUCUGAUGUUGCUUAUCCUAGUCAGACUAAUAAUCAGCCGCAAGAAACGUUGGAAAUGGAUGACGAUCCUCGUAGUUUGUUAGAGGUAAUGGCUGCAGACGAAAGGUUUGCAGCACCCUCGGUGAAAACUGUGCAAAAUCUGCCAAUCGCUUGCAAUGGCAUCCUGCCCGAUGCAGGACCCAUAAGUGAACUUGGAUCAGUUCCAAUUGCCAAUGGUGUUGAUGACACGAAUCACAAGUUUGACGAUUCUUGGAAAUAUUUUAAUGGAGAUGCACCACCCAUUAUGCCAUUAAGGGUUGACGAUUAUGAGGAACCAGAAUCUUAUAGUCCUCCAAAAACACCAGACAAUAGAGAGAUAUCAACUGCUAAUAACAAUUAUAUCUUGCUCAGUGAGCUUGCAAAGCAGAAACUACUCUCUGUGAAUUCUAUACAAUGUAACAAUUUAACAGACACACCUGUUGCCAGUGUAUGAUAAAUAUUUGUAUGUUACCAAUAUCUGUCAUCAUAUAAAUGUUACCAGUGUAUAGUAACUAAUAUCUGUCAUCAUAUACAUGUUACGGAUGCAUGAUAACAGUUACUUGUAUAUUAUCCAGAUACAGUUUAUCAAGCAGCUGUUACUUUUGUAUGAUGAGAUAUUUGUAUAAUAUGAUAUACUGUUCAUUUGCACUUGUUACUGGUGUAUGAUAACAGGCAUUUGUAUUUUACCAGAUACUGUUUAUCCUGCCAAAAGAAAGAAUAUUUAAUUAUAUUUCUGCUGCACUGGUUUAAAGUUGCAAAACAAUUACAUUUAAAACCAAAUUGAAAUUUUGUUUCUGCAAAAAAUUGUAAAAAGUUUUUUUUCCUGUAUAAAUGUCUCAAAAAAAACCCAAUAUGAUAGCUGUAUAUUUGUUAAUUUAAUAAUGAGGUAUAUAUAUAUAUAUUUGUGAAAAUAUUUUAUGGACUUGAAUUUUUGUUUACUCAUUACAUUUUAAAAAUAAUCUUUGCUUGUUGAACUGCAAGGAGCGUUUCUGCUUCUUUUGUUUAUUAUAUUUAAAAAAAACUUCUUUUUUUUUUUAAAUAAUUGAUGAUUAAAAUCUGACAAAUUUUUUAAAUUAAUUCUUCAAUUCAAAUUUUUUUUAAAAUUUUGUAAUAACAAUUUCUGAUAUACGUAAAAGAAAAUGACAUCAUGUUUUUACCUAGUAUAUAUAUAUUUAUUUAUAAUUUCUAAUUGAUUUUAUAUAAAAUUGAGAAGUAUAAAAUUGAUUUUUAUGUUACUUUUCUUCAGGUUUCACAUUAUAAUGGAAAUUUAUUUAUAAAAUAUUAUUACACCUUUUUUUUAAAAAAAAAAAAUAUGUUUCCAUAAAUGAUUAUAAAUAACCUAAGUGAAAUUGAUGUAAUAAUAUGUUCAAUUUAAUGCCCAAAUUAUGCAUAUCAACUUAUAUUUUAUCAAAACGCAUUUCAUGAAAGUUAACUAUCAUUUUAGUUUUAAAUAACUGUAUUUUAACGUAAUUUAUUUAGCUAAAUUUUCAGUUCCUAUCCAUUUAAUUUUUACAUUCUAUUUAUUAACUUUUUUUUCGUCUUUUCAAAACAAUUUAUUCUACUCAAAUUACAUUUUGCCUGCCAUAAAUGUACCUUAUUUAAAUAUUUAAAAAAAAAAUAUUUCUUGCUUUUUAUUGGUAUAUUUUACUUUUUUCAUUAUUCAUAUAUUCAGCGUUAUGAAGAAGAAGAAAAAAUUCGCUAACUUUUUAUUACAUUGUUUUCAUUUUGACAGUUAUAUUAAAAUUAUAAAUUUUAUUUAUAAUAAAUUAUUAUUAUAAAAAUAAUAUCAAAUAAAAUUUCUUUUAACCUUCUUCGUAAGUAGACUUUAUGUUUCUUAUUUUUAUUUUUCAAUAACAACAAAAUAAAUUUUUACUUGCUUUUUAAAGUUUAAUCUGCUUGUUAUGAAAAAUUUGCAAGUACAAAUAUUUUGAACUUUUCUUUUCAACCCUAACUAUUGAGGGAAUGAUUUCAAAUAUUGAAGACUAUUUCUUAUAGAAAAAUAUCAUUUAUAUAAUAUUGUACAGAUGAUCAAUGAAACACAAAUAAAUCGAAGAAAUUUGUGUUGUAUAAUAAUUGCUCAUUAUUGUUUGUGUAAUUUUUGUUCCAAUGGAUGGAUUCAGUAUUGUGUGUUUCAAAUCUAAUUUUAUGUAUUUUUAUUUGCCAACAAUCAAGUAACAAAAGUGGCUUUUGAUGAUGCUUUUUAAAAGAAAAAAUUAUUUAAAAAAAAAAUGAAAUGAAAGUAUAGUUGCACUUUCUUGUUUCUAUGCUGUGUAUUAAAGCUUCAAAGUAAAUAAUGAGUUAAAUGAUUUACUUAAGUUAAUUUUCAUGAUUGUCUCUUUGUUGGUUUUUGCAAAUUAGCAAAGCACUUUCCUGUUUCUAUAUCAUAUAUUGUGAUUCUGGAGAGAAUAAAAAAAAGUGUUAAUUUCACAAUCUCAUUUAUUUCUGUUAAAAAUUACUUUUACUAUUAGAUGUGCAGUAAAGUGUAACUUUCUACUAAAAGCUUUACUUAGAAUUAUGAACAGCAAGUGGCAGUUCUUUAUAUAACAGUACUGUGUGAGGAAUAUUUUCUUAAAAUUCAACAAAAUCUAUAAAGUUGUUAAAAACUGAGGUAAUUUGGUAAAACUUUUAGAUUUUGAGUGACUUUCAACUAGUGUAAUUUAAUAAAAUAUUGAAAUUUUAUCUGCCUAUCACCGACAUCAACAAUUUUAGAUGAGCGGUGAAUGUUUGUGCUGGUCUUUCAAGCUGCUCCGUAAAAUCUACUUGAAAACAAGUCUUGCAUGUAUGCUAUCAUAUGCUGCACUUAAAUACUUUUGCAUUUAUUUCUAAGUUGAUUUUUUGUCCCUUAAUGUUACAUUUUACUCUUUUUGUUGUAUCUCAUUUUAUUUAUUAUUUUAUACAAGAAAUUUUCCUUUUAUAUCUUAAAUAAAUGUUCACUGACUAUUAGUGUAAAUAAGAUUUCUGCAAAAUAUUUAUGUUUGUAUUAUUUAUUCAGAAAAAAAAGAAAGAAAAAUAUAUUUCCUAGUUCGUAGAUUGGAAACAUAUGAUACUGAAUCUUUAACCAUUUGUUUUGUGCAGUGAGAAAUAUUCAAAUUGUGAUAUAGACCUUUUGUUUCAGUGUUUAGUAAAAAUUAAACCUAAAAGCAGUUUAUUUAUUAAAUUUUUUAAGCUAUUUUUUAGAUAUAUAUGUACAGAAAGCAAAUGUUGAUUUAUGGAGAUAUUUAUAUCAGUGUUUUUACUGCACCAGCGUUUCCAGUUUUUAAGUAUCUAUAGUAACUAUAAUGAAAAGAGUCUAUAUUGCCUCGUAAAAAACUUGGUCUACCUCAUAAGGUAAAAAUCAUUUGUUUGCUCAAAAUGAUCAAGAUAGAUAUUCUUUUCAUGGAAAGAAAAGUUCUAUUAAUUCUUGCCAUUAUGCUACACAAAGAACUGAACUCUUGGUAUUUUGUAAAUUUUAAUCUUAAAACUGUUUUUCUGAUUGUUCUUUUGUCAUAUGUAAUAACAUCAACUCAUUUUAGCGACAUACUAGGCUGUUUUUAUUUCAUCUAAUUUCAUAAUAUUCCUCAUGUUAGGUUAAGUUUUGUCCUCCUAUAACCAGGUCCCUUAUGCUAUAAUGAAAAUGAAUAAAAGCCACAGCUCUGAGAAAAGUUAGUCUUUUAAAUUUAAUUUUUUAAUAAUUAAAAAAAUUACAUUAAAAUAGUAUUGCUAAAGCUUAUGUAAAACAUGAAGAAAAUAUAGAACAAUUCAAUAAUUUUUAUCCAACAUAUUGGAGAAAAAAAUUUAAUAAUUAUUUGAAAAUGUAAACUAUUUCGUCUAUUUUAAUGUCCGGGCAAUUUUUUUAUAAGAUAAGAAUAUGUAAUUUGAAGUUAAUAUCUUCAAGUUUAAGGCUCUUAAAACUGCCUUUUUUUUAUUUUUCAUGGCAAAUAAAAGCUUAGAAAAACAUCCUGAAUUUUUCUAAAUUGUCUUGUUAAAAUUGAUGUCCACUUUGAUAUUUCUUUCUUAUCAAAAAAGAAAAAAGGGCAAUACAAAUUAUCUUAAAAAUUAUUUUUUCUUAAGGAGGAAAUGUUAUAACAAUUAUUUCUGAUAAUUUGAAUAAUGUUUUAUUUUGCAAUAGUUUGCCUUAUAACUUCUACAAUAAUGGUGUUUGUUAUAUUUUUAAAAAAUAUGGAUCAGGUCAUAAAUUGGCAAAUAGCUGUUUCAUAUUUACUUAAUGUACUCUCACACCCAAAAUAUGAUUUUUUUCGUACUAGUUAUCAGAAAUAACUUUUAAUGUAUUAUUAUCUAACUAAUUCCUAAAUUUAAGUAAGUUCCUAUAAAAAAACUCUUAAAAAAGAAAGUUUACAUAAUUUAUUGCUUAUUUGAAUAUUUAAAUUAUAUUACAUAAUUAAGCGAGCUUCAAGAAUAUUAUUCGGCUUAUAGUUUUUCUUUUCUAAAAUUUUUAGUUUAUUUUUAUUCAGAACUCCUUUUUUAAAUUAAUAAAAAAAUCUUCUAGCUAUCAAUAAUAAGUUAUUUGUCUAUUACAAUUAAAAAUAAGUUGACAUAAUAAAAAGUAUUUCAAAUUUAAACUCAUUUAAUGUCAAUCGUAAAUGUAAAAUAUUACAGACCAUUUAUAGUUAUAAGUGUAAUCAAGUUUUUGUAUUUUGAUGACAAUAAAAAUUCCUAAAAUUCCCUACAUGUAAAAUAUUGAAUGUAUCAUGAAAGAGUUAUCAAAAAAUUUAUACUAUUUCGUAAAGUCUACUGGAUUUUUUUCUUUGCAGCUAUGUGUUGUAAUGGAUUGUUGUUGUGGCCAUUAUAAUUUUUUUUUUUAAAAAGUGGCAAAAGAAUUUGCAUAAAGCCCAUGGUAUUUUAUAUUAGCUUCUUCCUAAUUUAUCAUGCAAUUAAAAUAAUUUACCACUACUAAUUUUUGUCCCACUAGCUAACCACAGAUAGGCAGUUAUUUUUAUUAAAAAGCUGUAGCUAAUCUAUUAUUGUUUGAUAAAAA